GGCCUUUCACCAAAGGGGAUGACCAGGGUCCUCUCUACCGUUGGUCCUCACUGUCCUCUUCUGCCUUCUACUACGCAGAUCGCGACGAACAGUCCACUCCGAAUGAUUGAUCCCCAUUUCCAAUCCUUCCCCCUCCUCAGCCAUAACACCAGUCCGUCUACCGCGGCAUUCAUCCACAAUGCCCCGCGUAGCAAAUUCCAAGCACCGCCGCUCUAAUGGCGCAUCCACCCCUCACAAGAACUCUCCCGUCAAGAUCCCGCUCAAUGAUGACAUGGGCGAGAAAGCCGCCCGCAUGGAGGCGAGGCAGGCCCGACAUGACCGUCAGAUGGACCAGAUCAAGGCCGCCGUGAAGACCCCUAUGCCACCUCGACGAUACACAGGCGUAUACGAUAACGGCACGAGCCCCGCGACGCCGCGAGGUUCGGGCCACCGGGGCCGGGAAAGUGAUGGAGACGGACGCAGGGCAGUCACCCCGAUGAAGCGCGUACCUAUCCUGGCCAACUUCGAGGAGUGGAUGAAGAUGGCUACCGACAACAAAAUCAAUGCCAAUAAUUCUUGGAACUUCGCCCUGAUUGAUUACUUCCAUGAUAUGUCCCUGCUUAAGGAAGGCGACGGCGUGAACUUCCAGAAAGCCAGCUGCACACUAGAUGGCUGUGUCAAGAUCUAUACCAGCAGAGUCGAUAGUGUGGCAACGGAGACCGGCAAGCUUCUAAGUGGAUUGGCAGAUAGCCGGGAUAAGAGAGCCCGCGAAGCCGGGGCGGACGGCGAGGACGCUGAGGACGACGAAGACGGCGAGGAAGGGACGUCCAGAAAAUCACGGAGAAAGGCACAACGCUCACAUGAAGCUACUCUUGCGCCCUCUUUUGCUUCACUCCAGCUGAAAAAGUUUGAGCUAGAGUUUUCGGUUGAUCCUCUGUUCAAGAAGGCUUCUGCAGAUUUUGAUGAAGGUGGCGCCAAAGGCUUGCUUCUGAACCAUUUGUCAAUCGAUGGACAAGGACGUAUCGUAUUUGAUAGCAGCGAUGAUGCUGCCGAAGAGACCAAGGACACGGAGAAUUCGCGUCCAGAUCCCGAUGAACCUGAGCAGCCAGGCUCCCCUUCGUCUGAUACCCAACAACAGCCCGACGAUACUUUUGAUGAAGAUGUGGAAAUCGACAUAGCUCCGUUGACGCGUCAAUUUUUCCCAGAUUUGGACCGUCUCGAAAGCCAAGAUAUCUGCCCGUCUUUGAAGAAUUUCGACCUUGGAGACCCUAGUGGCUCGUUAGAUAUACCCUUCCUCAAGGCCCCCGAAGACUGGCGCCACGAAAAGGGGCAAGAGGAAGGACACCACCCAAACGAUGCGUCAGGAAUCAUGCUCGACGAUGAUAAUGCUGUCGGGUUCGAUGACGAUGAUGCCACUCUAGCAGGGUUCGAUCUGAGCGGGGACGCAGGCUUCGGCGAUGGUGGUGAAGUAUGGGCACGUGAAGCUGCCCUUGAACCAAUGCUGAAGGUGCACCGCCUAGAUAGGGAAGGUGACGAGAACGCUGACGGGGAGGAACUUGACAAUGAUGAUCCAUACACCAUCUCCCUCACCCACCAAUCCGACAACCGGGACCAUGAAAGUAUACUAAGUUAUUUCGAUAAUGCGCUGCAGAAGAAUUGGGCUGGGCCAGAGCACUGGAAGAUUCGCCGGAUCAAAGAGCAGACUGCCGCAACCAAUGCCAACUUGGCACCGAAGCAACGCAAGGAAAAGGAGCCUUUUGAGAUCGACUUCAUGGCACCUCUAGACCCUACGGUCGCCGAGUUGAUGUAUACGCCAGCCAGCUCAAAUUCAACCAUUUCCCUGCCGAAGACACAGUGGAAGACUAAAGGGCGCAACCUCCUCCCCGAUGACAAACACUUUAAUUCCCGCCAACUACUCCGUCUCUUCCUGAAACCGAAGGCUAGGAUGGGCUCGAAGAAAUUGAUGGGCUCCCGGCGAUUUGGCCAUCGACGACAAGAUCAGACUUCGGGGAACGGUGAAAUGGAUGAGGUAUUCUGGGCCAAUCAUAAAGCCGAAGAAGCCGCUGCGUCUGAUGAAGGCGUUGCUGGAGCGUAUGACGCCAACUUUUUUGCAGAUGAUGAUGGUUUAGCAUUCCCUAACGGCCUCGGUUUGGGUGACGAUGAUGAUGACAAUCUCCCAUUUGCGGACGCCAGGGAGAUGCUAUCCCCACCCUCUGACGGAGCUCCAGGCGCAUCUGCAGAAGCUGGAGGAGCAUCCGGUCUUGCUGCUCUCCUCAACAUGGCCGGGGGGGUUCCUGGCUCUACACAGAAUAGCGGGGGAUUUGGCUCGCAGCUGGUAACGCAAGGUGGCCGCAGAGCACGACCUGACUACGUGGCAUACGCGCGAGUUGCCAAAAAGGUUGAUGUCCGACGACUAAAGCUGGAAAUGUGGAAAGGUAUGGGUGAACGGCUAAUCUCAUCGACAAAUUUCGGUUCUGUAUCUCAGGCUGAAGUAGAGGCCGCCCCCCAAGAAUCCGAACAACAAACAACUGAGGCCGAGACACAAUCUAUGCCGCCACCAGAGGACAACAACCCAGCUCCGGGUCCUGAAUCUGGGGGGCACGCAGAUGGUACGCUCCGGUUCACGAAUAUUAUGAACUCCUUGAGAACGGUGUACGCUCCAGAAACGCUGCGCGAUAUCAGCACAUCCUUUGGCUUCAUUUGCUUGCUUCACUUGGCCAACGAGCAGGGUCUAGUGCUACAAAACGAUGACGGGUCCAAUGGCAUUGGCGCAGGCAGGCUAGAAGAGAUUUUCGUCUCCAAGGAUGCAAACGCUGUCCUUGAGGAAGGAGCCAUCUGACCUGGGGUUUGGCGCGGUUGUCUUUUACGUAAAUGAAUGAAUGUACAGUCAUGUGAAAGACUGCGGGCUGUGAUGGGAGUGAUGUUGUCUGGUUGGGAUAUAGGCUUGGGUUUCUAAUGCGUGGGAGUUGGUGGGCAUUUCUUAUUGUAUUUUGGAUGAUCGGGCUGGCUUCUCUGUUAUGAAACCGAUUGGUAUUUACCUUUUUUCUGGCUGGCAAGCCUGCAAAUAACA